GAGAGAGUGUGUGUGUGUGUGUGAGAGGGAGAGUGUGUGUGUUGGAGAGAGAUAACGUCAUAUCCUCGUCCAUUCCCAGCUGAUGUUAUUGGAUGUGUGUGCUAACCGCUAGCUCGGGGCUAAACGACUUCACUAAGUUCCCUCAGCCCGAGUGUCUCAGCUCAGACCCUCCUCAGUGUACACAGGUGAACUGCGUUCGCUUCUGAGUCUGGCCCCUGAAAAUCAGCAUGUCCAGCGACCCCCCUCCACCCUAUCCAGGGGCCCCAAGCGCCCCUCCUAUAGAGGAAAAGAAUGGACAGCCUCCAGUUUCUGGCUCAGCCAUGGUAACGACUGGACCCCCGCAUGGCCAGCCGCUACCUCCAGAGUAUGGGCCUCCACCUUACGAGGCCACGAUGCAGCCAGGCUUCAUUCCCCCUCAUGUCCCAGCUGGCUACCCCCCUCCUCCUGGACAGUUCCCCCAGCCCAUGCCGGCGCAGUUUGUUCCAGGUCCCAGCCACUGUGGCCCAGCUUUGGGACACACGGCCACAGUGAUUGGUCCUCCAGGCACCGCUACUACGGUUACUGUGCUGCAGGGUGAGAUGUUCCAGUCAGCACCGGUGCAGACGGUAUGCCCACACUGCCAACAGGCCAUCGUCACACAGAUUAGCCAUGACGUGGGCCUCAUGAACACACUCUUCUGUCUCUUCUGCUUCUUUGUGGGUUGUGAUCUCGGCUGCUGCUUGAUCCCAUGUCUGAUUGAUGACCUGAAGGAUGUGACGCACACUUGCCCCAACUGCAAGGGCUACAUCUACACAUACAAGCGCAUAUGCUAACAGCGUCCCCCAUCGCUCACCCUGGAUGCACUUAUGGCUCCCUCUCAUGCAUCCUUUUCUGCACUUCAUUCCCCAGCUUGUUGGCUAGUUUUAUUUGUUUUUGUUUGUUUGAUUUGUUUUUACUACCUAUUCAUCCACUAAUGACUGUAUAUAACUAUUUAAAAGACUUAGAGUUAGUGAUACUAGAAGAUUAAUUUUAAAAAUAGGUAAGUAGAAGAAGAAAAAGAAGGGAUGAUGAGUCAGUACAUUUUAUAUGCAUAAUGGACAUUUAUUAAUAGUGUUGUGGAAGUGCUGUUAGGAUUGUAGCCGAGCGCCAGUUAAAGUCUCAUUUCUAGAAUGAAGUCAAUUGGUCUGAUAUAACUGAAGUCCAUUCAGGGUCGAUAUUAUUUAUAUUGUAAUUAUUUAAUUCUGUUACUUUAUGUAUAAUUAUUCUAACAAGCUAAUGUGAAAGACUUUUCAUGUCUCUAUCUGUGUUUGUGAAAACAAUGGCCAAGGACUACAGUUUUAGUUGUAGGAUAUCGCUGCUCCUUUUCCAUCUAUGUGAAAACGAAUGCAUUUAUAUUUUCAUAAUGUUGCAGUCAGAACAUUUUUGUAAUCAGGGGUAGUUUGCAUUCACGAGAUUCAUUAUACUCCGUUAUAGUACACACUUGUCAACCUGUGCAAUUUUAGAUGAAAAUUUCUUAAUCUGUCAGGAAACAUAAUAGAAAUAUCCACAUCAGUGCUCCUUUGUAAUAAAUAAUUAAAUAUUCGACAGGUUCUGCACUAUAUUGUAAGGUUUCUCCAUUGUUGCAUUUGCUGUCUUACUGAACUGUGAAUGUUGCAGAUAAUUCUCAUGCUCCUUCAUCUUUAUGGUGAAUUGCUUCUGUGCUGUUAGUGGGUUUUGAUGUGCACUUUCUUAUGGAGUUUAAUCAUUUCAUUCAUUUCAGAAGGUUAUUUAGACAUGGUGUAGCUGAGAACAUAGUCAAUCUUAGGCUUUUUUUUGAUCCUUUUAAAUAAUUUACUCUGAUACAAUCAUUAGGAAAGAGCAUGCUUGCAAGAAGGAGGUGAUCAUCAAGCUCUAGCUUUGUGCAACGUCUCUAAUCUCAGACAGUCCUGUGUGUCUCAUCUGACCCCUGAACUCAACAGAUUAUUUGUUCAUAAUUAUUAAAAGGUCUUUUUUUUUUCCAUCCUUGGGACGUCAGUUUGUUUUUGAGUGCAACAUUUUGUUAUGGGGAAGGUGGCAGGAAGUCGAGUCAGUGUGACAAAUUGCAAAUAUCAUGUCUUUUUUCUGUACGAGUUAUUUUCCUUUCAUGCAAGAUUUUUGAAAAAUGUCAGACAUGCACCUGGUUUGAAGCUUUAAUCCCUCUCGAAAAGUGAUUCUUCAUUUUGCACUGAACAUGCCUCAAGAAAUCAAACAUUGUAACAGGAAGUUUUGUUUUAAAGACCUGUUGUGCUUUAUUGUCCUUAUUCAAUUUGUCUGUAUAUUUAGAUAACAGCACGAACAUGACGCAAACAAUCAAGUAUACAUAAAAAAAAAACAACUAUAUGCAUGCUCCUCUGAAUUUGAGCUGAUUCCCUUUAAUGCAACUUUCUUUUGAACCUCGUAGGCCUAUGAUGCUUUGCAAAGUGGCUUCUUGCUGUGAAAGACUGAAUAUAUGUAGAGCUUGUGUUCCAGGAUAUUUAGACCAACAAAUACAAGUAGUUUGUGGUAUAAUACAUCUUCUGAACUGGAAGUGUCAUGUAAAGAACAAACUGUGUGCAAUUAUUAUUCUGAGAAUAAUAAAAUAAUCAUAUCUUCUGA